UAACCGAGACAAAACCUGUAAAAUAAGGCAAAAAUGGAUGACCAAAGUAGAAAUUCUCACUCCAACUCGUAAUUUCCACAUUUCUCCCAACAAGAAUCAAAUUUCACAAAUUCCUUCACAAAAUAGUAACAAUCACCAGACUCGGUGUGACUUUCUACCUAUUUCAUUCUUUCUCAUCAUCCUCUUCAAAGAUCCAACCCCCUAAAAAACUCCAUUGUUGUCUUAUUUACACCAAGAUCUAUGCAAAUCACACAAAUUUGGGAAAAUACCCAAUUUCCCAGAUCAAAUUAUCACAAAAUUUGAUAAUAUCAGCUUAAAUUUCCUCAAUCCCAUCAUUAAUUUGUUGUUAAUUAAUGGUGGGUGUUGGAGAAAUGAAGAAGCUAAGAAACUAUUACUUAAAUCUUAGACACCCACAUCAUCAUCACCAAACCUCCAUUACAACAACAAUGGAGGGUAGAAGAAAAUGGAUCUUCCCACUCGCAAUCGGUUCAAUUGUUUCCCUUUUCCUUCUUUUUCUAACAACCCUAACCACAUCUCCUACUUCCCCUCUUUCAUCUCUCUCAUUUUAUCGUUACUCUUCUUCUUUGUCUUCUUCUUCUAUCUUCGUGGAAUCGAAGCUUCGCCCUAUUGCUGUGUCUUCCGCCUUUCCGCCACCGCCUCGGUUCGCUUACCUUGUAUCGGGCUCUGCCGGGGAUGGGAACUCUCUUAAGAGGACCUUACUCGCGCUUUACCACCCGCAUAAUCAGUAUAUCGUGCACUUGGAUUUGGAGUCUUCCCCUGAGGAACGGCUUGAAUUGGAGAAUUUCGUUAAGGAUCAUCCUAUUUUUAAGGUGUUUAAGAAUGUUAGGAUGAUUACUAAGGCCAAUUUGAUUACUUAUCGUGGCCCCACUAUGGUAGCUAAUACCCUUCAUGCUGCUGCUAUUUUGUUGAAGGAGGCUGGUCAUUGGGAUUGGUUUAUUAAUCUUAGUGCCUCAGAUUAUCCCCUUGUCACUCAGGAUGAUCUGCUGCACACAUUUUCGUAUUUGCCUCGAGACCUUAAUUUUAUUGAUCACACAAGCAACAUUGGCUGGAAAGAGUUUCAAAGAGCAAAACCAAUCAUUAUAGAUCCAGGGUUUUAUCAGACCAAAAAAGCUGAUGUAUUUUGGGUGACUCAACGAAGAAGUGUGCCAUCGGCUUUUAAACUCUUCACAGGUUCUGCUUGGAUGGCUCUUUCUCGGCCAUUUGUGGAUUACUGCAUUUGGGGAUGGGACAACCUUCCUCGGACUGUUCUCAUGUACUAUGCAAAUUUCAUUUCUUCUCCUGAAGGCUAUUUCCACACUGUUGUUUGUAAUGCACAGGAGUUCAGGAACACAACUGUUAAUACUGACCUCCAUUUCAUAUCUUGGGACAAUCCACCCAAACAACAUCCUCACUAUCUGACAACCGAGGAUAUGUCGAGAAUGGUCCAAAGUAAUGCUCCCUUUGCUAGAAAGUUUCACCGAGAGGAUCCAGUCCUUGACAAGGUUGAUUCUGAGCUCCUUUCUCGAGGUCCAGGAAUGAUUGUUCCAGGUGGUUGGUGCAUUGGGAGUGGGGAAAAUGGGUCUGACCCAUGUUUGUUAGCUGGAAAUACAACGCUCCUAAGACCAACAUCAGGGGCUAAAAGGGUGGAAACACUUAUUAGUUCACUGUUGUCAGCGGAAAAUUUUCGGAAAAAUCAAUGCAAGUAGCGAGCUCCAUCUGAUGGGAGCAAUUGUUGUAUCAAUUGUAUCAUUAAUUUCAGAAGGAAUCAGAAGGAAGCAGCAGGAAAUUCCACAUAUGGAGAAGAUAAUGCAAGAUUGAAAAUAUGAAUGGAGUUUUUCUGCUGGAAAUCACAGGUAUCAUACUUGCCUGCUUCAACAUGGUGUAUACAUAAUUUCACUUGUAAUAUGAGGAUGCAGCCCAUUUUUUCCUAUUUUAUACUGAACUUGAUAAAUAGUUCUGUAGUAUUAGAAAGAAGGGGGGCGGAUAGUUUGUCACGAGCUGACUUGUAGAAGCUUUUGUUAGACACAUUCCUGUCCUGAGAAGAUGAAUAGGAGGAAAUUCUGGCAUUGCCUCAAUGUUUGUAUCUAAUAUCUAUGGUUUAGCAUUCUACCACUUGACUUGUUUAUUGAAUCUUUGCUAUGAACCUUGUUAAGAGCCAAAUCCAAAUUUAUUCUAUAAUUCUCUCUUUUGUAA